AUGGAUAACGUACAAAAUAUUCAGGACACAAACAGCAAAGUUACUUUCGACCCUGGUUGGAAUGAUCCUCCAACUUUCUCUUACAAUGCACAACAGACAACAACACCAAACAAACCACGACUUAAUAAACGAGUUGCUUUUCCCUUAUCAAACAAUGUCAGUACUGCACCACCAGUUCCUGUUAAUAUGCCUCCUAUGCCGGUAUUAUUACCAACAAGAACAACAGCUAUUUCCACUCAAAAAACUGACUCGGAAGAAGAUAUUCAAAUAGACAGUGAACAAAUGUUAUAUGAAGUAAGAGAAGUUUUAUUAGAUAUUUUGAAUGAUAGUACUGAAUUGGGUGCCAAGGGAGACAGUAUAAAAAAGAAAAUCUCAACAAUGGAAGAAAUGUGGUCUAAUGGAAAAAUAAAUAAACAAGUGCAAAUGAAAAUGCAGGAACUAGGAAAAGCUUUAAAAGAAGACAAUCCUUCAAAGGCCGAUGAGCUCCAUAAAGCACUGAUGGUGGAUCAUGUGAGCACAGUUGGGACUUGGAUGCCGGGCAUCAAGCAACUCAUAUACCACUGUAAAGCUCGCACUGAACUACUGGCAAUAGAUAAAGAAUGA